GCCGGAAGUCAUGACACUAUCUCCAAUGGGAAAGAGCCAUCUAAAUAUCAGUACCUCCGAGCCUUCUACGGUGGGCGGUGGGUUCUGCUCCCGCGACAGGGCACCCGUUCGACAGACCCCCAUCGCAUCGGCUGCAAAGACCCCCAUGUUUUCCGGGAAUAAGGGGUCGGCACCCCAUCCAGAGGACUGGCGAGAGCGAGAGGCGAUAAUUCCGCUUUACGGGGUCCCAACGCCCACUGCGGGGGUCUACCCAAGCCACACCCGAAGUGCCAGUACCGUACUUGAGUACAGCUCGACGAACCAGAACACCUCCAACCAAGUAACUUCUGGGGCAGAUCCAGAUCACCUGCACUCGAGCACGGGCACUGUAUGGGCAGGCUACGGCAAAUCAUCUCCGCCCCUUGCUGCCGGGAGAGACCUUUGCGAAAAAAGGGGAGAAAGACUUGUUGGCACAGAGUGGAGGUUCCGGGAGCGCCUGUACCCGGGCAUGGUACUGCGGUGUCCACGCGCCAGAACACAUGUGUGAUUGUACCGUACAAGCACUGUACUUGUAUCGUACAGUACCAGUACAAUAUCAUAGUCAGAGAUACGGUAUCAAAGAAGUUUCUAUCUAGCCAUAAAUGUGUUGGUCAAGAAUUCGAGAGCCCUAUUUCUGUAAAUAUUCGGAAUUUCCCGCGAGGGGUCGGGCAGAGAAAGCGGUUCAGAAUAUGUAUGAUAUGAUACUCGCACGGCGCCCGCACCGCAGCCUUGAAUGGAACCCGAGGAAAAGGUUUGGGGCGGGGCAUAUCAGAAUAAAUUAUGUCGAUAUUUAACA